AUGUCUCCCAUUCUCCUCCUCAUCUUCAAGGAGUACGCGGGCAAAUACCACCUCCUCAACGCCCCAGGGCUGCCCGUCAAGACCGUGACAUCCCUGAUCAACUCGAGUAACACCAGUCCAUUCGUCGACACUAUGCUCCUGAUGUCCGCCACCGACGUCCUCACCGACGCCCGCUUCUCCGGCUACGCCUACAGGAGCAGCUUCUACGCCUCCAAACCCGCCCACGUCUACGUCCUGCUCGAAAAGCACGACGACCCCCUCGAAGACGACUACGAGACUAUCGCCCACCCGCUCCCCAAGAUCCCCGAGCCCAGCGUCGGCGUGCAGACCGACCUCGACGCUCCCCACGCCCCGGACUGGGGCACCGCGUCGUGGUUCCCCGGUGACGACAGCAAGUUCAAUGUUGCCCCCGUCGCCGCCGCCAAGGGCGUCUACGAGAACUACCCCGGCGGCUACUUCUACAAGUACAUCACGCCCUCCAGCACCAACAGGACCGCCGCCGCAAGCGAGAACGACGCGCAGCUCUCCAACACCACCACCUCCAGCCACACCGUUGCGCUCGCACAGUCGGUGUGCGACUGGGACCACCACCCCGCCGAGAACCUGGACGAGUGGUGUGAUGCGCGCGCCGACGACGUGCUCAGCGUCGCGACCACCGAACCCUACGAGGAGGGGUUCUACGAGGCCUACUAUGGCAAACGGGGCGGGUCUGGGGCUGUGGACGAUGCUACCCCCGAGACUGAGACUGUUCAGACUCCUGGCAAUCAGGAAUGGCAUCCUCGUGAGGCGUUUGUCCAGGACGAGUGGGCGAAGCCGGCGAGGUGGUAG